GUUCGCCUGCAAAAUCACAAAAAACAGCGAUAUAAAAAUUGGCCGCAUAUUUCCGUACAACGGCUACUUGCAACACGAUACGGCUAAUAGCCAAUGGACGCGCAUAGAAACGUAUACGCGCACUCACACAUUUGUAUGUACAUACAAAUGCUGCUUUUAAACACGCGCACGCGAUUUAAAAUAACUUGCAUGCAAAUAAGAUAAUUUUCGCAAAUAACGUCUUUUGCAGCAAACGAAAACACACUUUUCUUAAUUUUAGUGAAUAUAAAAGAUGGCAGUGCAGUAUUGCAAAAGCUGAGAUGUGCAGUGAUUGAAAGUUAUCGAUAUACAUAUGUAUGUACGAGUAUGUUAAGUGCAUUUCCUAUUCAAUUUGAAAUUGAAUUCAAACGGAAAAUGCACAAAAAUAUUUGAAAGCAAAAGUUGCAUAAAGUAAAUAGUAAAGAAAUAUACUCACCUAAAUGUGUGCAAAUGUUGAAUUUGCAAAUGUAAAAAUAAGAAAUAAACAGCAAACCACACAACAACAGCAACUACCUGUCAUUGGAAGGCGGCACGAACUAUCACUUCGACAGAAUCUAAUCGCAAUGUUAUUCGAAACGUUCAAAAAACGAAGAAAGUAAUUUUUUGCUCACUGAGAACCACGAAGUACGCACAAUGUUAAAACACACCUCAAAUGCCGGUGGCGUGGGCGGCGGACCAGCGAAUGGUCAAUUGCGUAACAAUCCCAACAAUGGCAACUCUACAACGGCCUGUAACCGCAAUAUACACCUGCGACCGCAACAACCACUCAAUAUCUCAACUUUAAGUGCAACACAGAAUGCCCUGCAAACGUCUAACACCUCGGCGGCGACGGCGAACGGAGGUCAACGUGUACCGACAUUAUUAAAUAUCGCCUCAACACCGAUAUCGGCGGGCACUACAAAUACACUAACACCGUUAACACCGAGUGCUGGUAAUACGACGACGGGUACAACAACGACACCAGUUACACCGUUGACACCGAAUGGCAUCGGAAAUAAUUUGCAUACAUAUACAAAUCAGCAUAUUCUCGCUUGCAACAACAAUAACAAUAAUAAUACAAAUAAUACACACAACACGACUACUGGCACUUUAAAUACAAAUACAAAUCAUAACAAUAACAAUAACGGUACUGCACAUUAUAAUAAUCAUAAUUAUAGCAAUUGCCAUAAUCUGACAACGGGUGUGUUAAUAAAUCAAUCGAAACAUGGACCUGGACCGAGAGAGGCGCUAACGAGCCUGGGACUCUUAUGUUUAGUUUCCCUGCUAUUAGCGCUAUUGUCGUUAAUUUUUCUGUUGAAAAUUUCACCGAAUGCCCGCGAAGAUGCUUUGACGCGCAGCUCUGCUGAGGACUUUGUAAUUGUCUACGACGUAACAUUAGCGCUCUGUGCACUUUCGCUAUCAUUAAAUCUAUGCUGUUUGCUGGUUUGUGCAAUACAGUUUCUGUUCGCUGUGAAAUUGGUGCGAUCACCAAUGUUCGAUGGCAGAGAUAACAAAUAUUUGGAAAAAUCAAGUGCGAGUCGCACCUGUGCAGUCGGUGGUUUCUUUAUAUCCAUACCAAUAUUUCUCACUGGCAUUAUUCUGUAUACAUUCAACCAUUUCCACUCAACACCUGCGAUUAUAACAAGUGUGCUAAUCGGCAUUGGCAUCGUAUUUUGCGGCGGCGCAAUGGUUCAUAACGUAUUUAUCUGGCAGAAGGAGAAAACCAUUAGCUAUCGCAGUCCGCCACUGAAUAUGUCAAUGGUAUCACACAUUGGGCCAAUAACACCGCCUGCGCAAUUUUUAAGUCCUCAUCAAACGCACCAUCACUUUAUGAGUUAUGCGCCGCACAUGCAUACUGCACACCCACACACGCAUGCACAACCGCAAGCACAAACACAAACACAAUUAGGAGCGCAACUACAUCCGACUUCCGUGACACCGGUCUCACCAAAUCAUUCGCACGGUAGCUUCAACGCGUUACUCUCAGCCGGUGCACUAAAUUCGUCAUUUCUAAUACGUCCAUCAACAGCGACACCGCCCACGCCAAAGCCGUUGCCCACACAAUUGUCAAAUGGUGGCGGUUGUUUGACGUUAAGCGCGCGUGAGGCCAGUGGCUCGGUUAGCCCGGGCAUACCCGGCGCGCUGGAUAUGAGCAAUAUAACCAGCCCUUCGCUGCAUGAGUUAUCGACGUUGGUGUAGUCUUUAACAUUAACAUUGUUAUUAAAUAACUACGUUAAGUAUAAAUAAUAUUCACAAGCACUAUGCACAAUGUUUCAUUCACACCUGAGCUAAUUUUUCACUUUUGAAUGUUUAGUGACAGACGGAAGUGAAAGUUGUGCAAAAUGUAUCGAUAAAUACAAAACGAUAGCGAGUUGCAAAUUGAUAAAGAAAUUCGAUAAAUAUAACAAUUAGUUUAAAGAAAAUAUAUGUAUAUAUAUAUUUAUGUGUGCGUAUAUAUUUUAGAACAGUAAACAAUAAUGAAUAUGUAAAUAUAGUGUUAUUAUUUAUGUUGAAUAUUUUUAUAAUAUACAUUUAAUGCAUAGUAUAAAGAAUCGUUGCAUAACUUUUUUUAUUUGAUAAAAAUAAUUAAAAAUUAAAUUAAAGGUGCUUCAUUAUGAAGUUUUAUAUUUAUUUUGUCGUAUUUAAGAUUUAGUUUAAGUAUACAGAUAACCUAAAUAUAUGACAUAUGCUUGCCCGAUUGUUUGCUGCGUAACGCUAUACGUUUAUGUUAGUCGUUUGUAACGACCGUUUAAUUUAAAUAUUAAAUUAACAAAUAGAAGAAAACAACAAACAGAGUAUUCUAAAGAAACGAAAAAAACAAAAUAAAUUGCCAUAAAGAUUAUUAAAAUAAUAACCAUUUUUCUUUCCAUACGAUAACAUCAUUUAUAACAAAACCAAUAAAAAUAACGGACGUAACAGUUGCAUAUAUUUAUUUAGCACAAGAAUAAAUAUUUUAUUAUUUUUAA